GCGCAUGCUCCACAGGCGGUCGUCGCUGCCGUGCGGGGACCGCCGCCCUGCUCCUGCUGAGAGCCUGCGGGCUUCGCUCUCGGACGCAGCGGGACGGGCCGGGUCGGGCCGGGCCAGGCCGUGCCGCCCCUCAGGGUCGCGGCUGAGCGGCACGCCCGCGCCGCUCCGUCGCCCGACUUACGCCCGGCAGAAUCCAGUUGCUCUUGGAGAGUGUGAAGAUAACCAGAUUCAGUUGCGUAGAGGAUCAGCCAGUCACAUAAAUGCAGUAUCUAAACGUAAAAGAAGAUUGCAAAGCCAUGGCUUUCUGUGCAAAAAUGAGGAGCACAAAGAAGAGUGAAGUGAGCCUGGAAGCUCAGCACCGGGGCCUGGAAAUACUUUUCUACCUACAAGACAAAACUCCCAUUUGUUGCACGAGUGGCGAGUUCACUUCAGAGGAGCUGUGCAUCAAAGCUGCCCAGAGGUGUUCCAUAUCUCCUCUCUGCCAUAAUCUCUUUGCACUCUAUGAUGAAAACAAAAGACUCUGGUAUGCACCAAACCAGGUCUUCAAGAUAGAUGAAAAAACAUCCUUGAGGCUCCAUUAUCGAAUGAGAUUCUACUUCACAAACUGGCAUGGGACUAAUGAAAAUGAGCCCUCAGUGUGGAGGCAUUCCCCAAAGAAGGCAAAGACCUCUUUUGAGAAGAAGCCAGCACCAGAAGGAACCCCAAUACUUGAUGCAAGCUCUUUAGAAUACAUCUUUGCACAGGGUCAGUAUGACUUAGUGAAAGGCCUGGCACCGAUCCGCGACCCAAAAAGCGAGCAGGAGGUCCAUGAAAUCGAGAACGAGUGUCUGGGGAUGGCUGUCCUUGCCAUCUCUCACUGUGCCAUGAAGAAAAAGAUGAAGCUUCCAGAGCUUUCCAAAGAGAUCAGUUACAAGCAUUAUAUUCCUGAAACGUUGAACAAGACCAUCAGGCAGAGGAACUUCUUGACCAGGAUUCGGAUCAACAACGUUUUCAAGCACUUCCUCAAGGAGUUUAACAACAAAACCAUCUGUGAAGGUAACGUGUCCCCACGCGACCUCAAAGUCAAAUACUUGUCCACCAUGGAGACCCUGACGAAACAUUACGGAGCCGAAGUGUUCGAGACUUCCUUUUUGCUCAUCUCCUCUGAGAACGAAGUCAACGGAUUCAGCUGCGGGGCCAGCGACAGCCUCCCGCUCUACGAGGUCAUCGUCACCGGCAACAACGGCAUCCAGUGGAGGCUCAAGCCGAACUCUGUGCAGACAGAGAAAGAGAAGAAGAAGAAAUCUGAUGGCAAAACCAAAAAGCAGGAAGAAAAGCACAAAAUUCGAGACUUGUGGAACAAUUUUUCCUAUUUCCCUGAAAUCACCCACAUUGUCAUCAAGGAGUCUACAGUUAGCAUUAACAAGCAGGACAACAAAAGGAUGGAGUUAAGACUGUCCUCACACGAGGAGGCCCUGUCCUUUGCAUCGCUGAUAGAUGGCUACUUCAGGCUGACAGCAGAUGCCCACCAUUACCUCUGCACUGACGUGGCUCCCCCGCUGAUUGAGCACAACAUCAAGAAUGGAUGUCAUGGACCCAUUUGCACGGAAUACGCCAUCAACAAACUGCGACUGGAAGGGGACGAAGCAGGAAUGUAUGUGUUGAGGUGGAGCUGCACCAACUUCAACCACAUCCUCAUGACAGUCACCUGUUGUGAGGGCUCAGAGCAGAUAAAUAAUUCUGUCCAGCACAAGAACUUCCAGAUUGAGGUGGAGAAAGGCGAGUACUUCCUGCAUGGUUCAAACAAGCCAUUCUCAUCCUUGAAAGAGCUGAUGGAUCACCUGAAAGGACAGAUACUUCGCACAGACAACAUAAGCUUUACCCUGAAGAGGUGCUGCCAACCCAAACCAAGAGAAAUCUCCAACUUGCUAGUUGCAACCAAGAAGGCUCAGGAGUGGCAGCCUGUUUAUCACCUUGGGCAGCUGAGUUUCCAUCGUAUCUUGAAGGAAGAAAUCAUACAGGGUGAACAUCUUGGAAGAGGGACGAGAACACAGAUUUACUCAGGGAUCCUCAACUACAAAGAUGAUGAGAAUGAAGGAUACCAAAAUGAAAAGGAGAUUAAAGUCCUCCUCAAAGUGUUGGACCCCAGCCACAGAGACAUUUCUUUGGCCUUCUUUGAGACGGCGAGCAUGAUGCGGCAGGUGUCCCACAAGCACAUUGUCCUCCUCCAUGGCGUCUGCGUCCGCGACGUUGAAAAUAUCAUGGUUGAAGAGUUUGUUGAAUUUGGGCCUCUGGAUCUGUUCAUGCAUCGGAAAAGCGAAGUUCUGACAACUCCUUGGAAGUUCAAAGUUGCUAAGCAACUUGCAAGUGCACUGAGCUACUUGGAGGACAAGGAUUUGGUGCAUGGAAAUGUGUGUACCAAAAACAUCCUGCUGGCGAGAGAAGGCAUCGACACGGAAUAUGGGCCCUUCAUAAAGCUGAGUGACCCAGGAAUACCCAUAACUGUCCUCUCCAGACAAGAAUGCGUGGAGCGAAUCCCCUGGAUCGCACCCGAGUGUGUUGAAGACUCCAAAAAUUUAAGUGUUGCAGCAGAUAAGUGGAGCUUUGGUACAACACUGUGGGAAAUCUGCUACAAUGGAGAAGUACCACUGAAGGACAAGACGCUAGCAGAGAAGGAGAGGUUCUACGAGGGGCGCGUUGUGUUGGCAACGCCGUCCUGCAAGGAGCUGGCUGACCUGAUGAAACAGUGCAUGAACUAUGACCCCCACCGCAGACCCUUCUUCAGAGCCAUCAUGAGAGACAUCAACAAACUGGAGGAACAAAACCCUGACAUCGUCUCGGAGAAGAAGCCUGUUACAGAGGUGGAUCCCACACUGUUUGAGAAGAGAUUCUUGAAGAGAAUCCGGGAUCUGGGCGAGGGCCACUUUGGCAAGGUUGAACUCUGCAGAUAUGACCCAGAAGGUGACAACACAGGGGAGCAAGUGGCAGUGAAAUCUCUAAAGCCUGAGAGUGGAGGGAGUCACAUUGCUGAUCUGAAGAAGGAAAUAGAAAUCUUGAGGAAUCUUUAUCAUGAGAACAUUGUCAAAUACAAGGGGAUUUGCACAGAAGAUGGAGGCAGUGGGUUUAAACUCAUCAUGGAGUUUCUUCCUUCUGGGAGCCUGAAGGAGUAUCUGCCCCGGAACAAGAACAAAAUCAACCUCAAGCAGCUGCUCAGAUAUGCGGUUCAGAUCUGCAAGGGGAUGGACUAUUUAGGCUCCCGCCAGUACGUGCACCGCGACUUAGCAGCAAGAAACGUCCUCGUUGAGAGCGAGAACAGAGUGAAGAUUGGAGACUUUGGCCUCACCAAAGCCAUUGAGACCGACAAGGAGUACUACACCGUGAAGGAUGACCUCGACAGCCCUGUCUUUUGGUAUGCUCCAGAAUGCCUGCAGCAGAGUAAAUUCUACAUUGCCUCAGAUGUGUGGUCCUUUGGGGUGACACUCUAUGAGCUGCUUACCUACUGUGAUUCUGAGUCCAGCCCCAUGGCAGAGUUCUUGAAGAUGAUUGGCCCCACGCAGGGACAGAUGACAGUAGCGCGGCUGGUGCAUGUCCUGCAGGAAGAGAAGCGGCUGCCGCGCCCACCCAACUGCCCGGAGGAGGUGGACCAGCUGAUGAGGAAGUGCUGGAUCUUCAAGCAUGACGAACGGACAACCUUUCACAACCUGAUCCAAGGCUUUGAAACAAUUAUGAGUAAAAUGUAAUUACAAUUUGGGUUGGUUUGGGUUUUUUUUUUCUAGCCUGUCAGUACUUGUGUGUGCCCAAAUAUCAAUGGCCCCAGACAUUCUGGUUUGGUUUGGGUUUUUUUUUUUGGUAACUGCUGUAAUUUGUACUCUGACUCUGCUAAUGUGGUUUAAAGGAUUCUUUGGCCAACAGUUUUCCUUUAUUAAUUUUAGUCAGCAGUUGGGAUAAAUUAACUUAAAGGUGACAGAAACAACAACUUAACUGUUUUGGGUUUUUGCUGCUCUGAGCAGAAGGCAGCUUUAUCUUUAUCCAGCUGGGAGCACCCUGAUGAAUGCAGACAGAGAGAUGCUGCAACCCAAGCUGUGGCGUGGCAGAAGAAGCCUGCUGUACACUUUGGUUCCCUGGACAGCUAAGCUACUGGGUCUAGAGGAAGGAAGUUAAUGAUGUUAAUGGGUUUUUUAAAAAUAGCCUUCAUGUGCACUUAAGUUUUAAUAAGAAGGAAAAAAAAAAACCCAAACCAAACAAGUCUGGCUUAAAAAUCCAGAGAAGAGAAAAAUCAGCUCAUAACUGUGCUGCAGUGCUGAGCUCUUGUACCUGACUGGACAUUGCUUCAUGCCCUGUUACAAAGCCCAGCCAAAGACAGAGUUAUGGCUCAGAGUGUUUGUUUACCGUUCCACUGCGAAAAACCUUUUCUGGAGACAUCUCUUUGCUGUUCCCAGCUCAGCCUUUCCCUCCCACCUCACCUCUUCCCACCUGCUGCAGCUUCCACUCUUCGUGUUGCUGCUGCACCUGCACGCAGGAUGCUGGCAGCUUGUGCUGCAAGUGAGAGGGGAGUAGGACUCUGGAGCUAGAAAAAGAAAUGCAGCUGUGUACAGACCCCAGGGGAGCACUCCCCUCACAAAGAGUUAAAGGGCUCAGCCGCCACGGGUGUGGCCCCAGGACGGAAGAACUCCUCAUGCAUAUCAAACAGUCUUCUUAUUAGCAGUGGUGCCACCCAUCCCAGGAGUUGUGGCUGAGGAUUUCUUUGGCCAACACAUUCCCUCAGCAGAGCAAUGCAGUGCAGCCCUUCCCUGGGCCAAAGCUGAGGCUUCGAUCUUUAAUGAAUUGGAUUUCCAGACUCAAACCAUGCUACCUUCAGUUAACCAAAGGGAAACCAGUGGGGCCAGAUUGGGACCACAGACAUUUUAUUGCCAGCAUCAGGCUCAGCAGGGCACGGUGGAAACCUGCGGAUCUGGGCAGGGUGGGGAGGGUGUUGUUUUCCCACCACACCUGGAAGGUUGGAAAUGCUCCAAGGAGACAGUUCUGGCAAUAACAGAGAGAGGUCUUUACCUAACUAUAUAUAUAUAUAUAUAUAAAAUUGUAAUUAUGAGCUGCAAGGAGGUCAGAUUUAUUUUUACAGUAUUACCUGUUUUGUUUUGUUUUUUUUUCCCUGUAUGUCACUUAUGAACCUGAUUUAAAUCUGUAAACACUUUGUUACUCUUUAUACAAACAAAUCUAAUAAAGAUUUUUUUUUUUCUCCA